CGUUAUCAUUUAAAGCCUGAAGGGUAAGUUUUUAUUCCUUCUUUGUUUUAGAAAAAUUAAAUGGCUAUUAAGAUUUUACAGUCACCCUAGAACCAUAAAUUUCUAGCUUUUGCAGUGACUUGCAGUUGGAUCCAGAAAGCUCGUUUCAUCGUUUUCGAGACUUGUCAUUUGUAUAUGUUUGUUACAGCACCCUAGUGUUGAUAUUCACGUAUGGAUUCGAACCCAGUCUCUUUGGCUUCAAACUCUGCACGUAAUCCAGUUGCUUUCAUGAUGUAAAGUGUCUUGCAGUCCUUAAGUGGACACCAACGCUGGUUUGUACAAACCUUUAACUCCGAUUCGUGAAAUGGUUUCUGGAGCUGGUGCGGGGACUUGUCAAAUUAUUAUCACCACACCAAUGGAAUUAUUAAAAAUCCAACUACAGGAUGCUGGUCGAACAUCAAUUUCUGUGACUAACAGUGGUGGUACAGUUGUAACGACCCGACAGACUGCUACUCAACUAGCUGUUAAAUUAGUUCGUGAGAAAGGUAUAUUUGGCUUAUAUCGGGGAAUGAGUGCUACAUUCUUGCGUGAUGUAUCAUUUUCCAUGAUAUAUUUCCCAUUAUUUGCGAAUCUCAAUGCUUUGGGUCCAAGAAGAUCUCCCACUAGCGUAGAAGCUGUUUUCUACUGGUCAUUUUUAUCGGGAUUUUUGUCAGGAACAAUUGCUGCAUUCAUUGCAACCCCCCUCGAUGUUAUUAAAACUCGACUACAAACAAUUAAACAUAUAGAAGGAGAGAAAGUGUUCAAAGGAAUUACAGAUUGUUUUGUAUAUCGUAGCAGAAGAAAAUGAUUACUCUCCUAGUUUAUAUCACGAACUGAUCUUAACUAAAUAAAUAAAUAAGAUUGGUCGGACUGCCUCGAUCGAAGCGGCUACCUAGACGUGGUGAUCAGGCUUGUUACGGACAUCUAGUAGUUUCAAGCGUUUUCUUCCAUCUGGAUCAUCACCGGACCAUUUGGUUUAGCCCCAUACUGAUGCAGUUUUGCUUUUGUUCAGCGCAUGAGUGGAGAAUGAAUACAUUGCCCUGAGACCAUCUACAAAUAGAAGAGGAUUACCUAUACAGAAGUGAUCACGACCGCAGCUGCUACCUCGACGUGGUGGUCGGGUUUGCCUAUCAUGAUGACAUGACAGAGCUAUAUUGGCUGUAGCAUAUGUUCCUACAGAUUCUACCAUGCCAAACGCCGGAUCCAACUGGACUACAUUGCUGUCGACCAUCAGUAGAGAGGCUCUAUGAAGACUACCGCUAAUUCUAGAGCAUUUGUUUAGAUUCAGACGAUGCUCUACUACGAGCGUGUAUUUCUCUGAGUCAUCUUGGACGUAAUAAAGAGAUAUCAAAGAAACCUCUGAGUUUUAUACUCAACGAUAGCAAAGCCAAGAUUAUAUUUCAAGAGCAACUAGAUAAACAGUUAGGUUGCUAUGUAAGUAAUAUCCACCCCGAGACAGCUUGUAAUCACAUCCAAAACGCUGUGAAAACAGCAGUGAUAUCUGAAAAUAAGGUAGACAAAAUGUUAGGGAGGAGCAGUGCUCUUUAGUAUCAUCUACUAACCUGAUAGAUGCUCAAAACCCAUCCCAUCUGGCUUUAAACAUGCUGAGUAGCGGAGGCAGCGUAAACACAAGUCCAUUAAAAGCCUACUCAGAGAUCGUGAGCAGUGAUGGGUAGCGAAAGCAAAAGAGACGGAAAAUACAGCGACGACAAAUAAUAGUAGACAACUGUUCAGACUACUCAAGGAAACGUAUUAGAAAUCCGACUGUUAUUGAGACCAUCUCGGAAAAUGAUGGGCAUAUAUUCAUUUCCAAUCCAGGAGUUUGGAUCGAUGGGCUAAACACAUGUUUGGGAUUCUAAGACCUGAUAACCUAAUGGGAAUCAGUUCAGUUUACCAUAUCAUAUGAGCAAGUUGAAGUUAUCGGAAUAAAUCCCAGAGUAGAACAAACUAAUACUGUCAGUGGUUGUGGUAAAGAUUACGGAUAAACAAUAUAACCAGAGAAUAAAAAACGAAUUUGUGGAAUCAGAAAUCAUAUGAAAUAAUUUUGAACGUGGCGAUUUAAUGGAUAAUAAAAGGUGAAUAAAUG